AAACUUUUACCAACAAUGUCCCAUUGUAAAACAGCCUUUAAAGUUUAAAGGUAAUGUAGUAUCACAGGUAUGAAGAAGAUCAUCUUCUAUCUAAUAUUACUCCAUGAUUGAUUUUGUAUGACGUUUCUUCGCUUUUUAUUUUUUAUCCCGAUUAGUACUUAUGUGAAAAGAUAGGUUAUGUUCUAUACGUCACCGCAAUAUGAGUAAAUCAUUUGAUGAAUUUAACGAUGAUUCUAUUCUAUACGAAUUAUUAGAAUAUCUUAUUCGAAAGCAAGACCCAGAAUUAGCGAAAUGUAAAAGCGAUGCUGCGCUUUUGCCAGCAAGUGGUACUAUUAAGAAUGCUCUCCGAUAUCUAAAUCAAAGGUAUUCUUUACCAGAAAGUAUCGGACAACAAAUUAGUCUAACUUUACCAUGGAAAUUCACAGUUGGUGAUAAUGGACGGUUGUUAGCCAUUUUACAAGAGCAUUUAAUUGAAAUAAGGAAAUCGAAAGAUGAAUAUUCUUCGGUUGUAGCUAAAGCAUCUGUUCCAAAGGAUGCCUUUCCACAGUGGCGUAAGAUUGUUUGGAGUCCAGAUGGCUCCAUUCUGGUAUUGGCUUCCAGUAAUGGCUAUAUAUCAUUUUAUAAUUCACUUGGCAAUAAUAUAUGGAAUAUAAGCCCAAAAAAUAUUUCUCAAAAUCCUCACAUCUUGGAAGCCGGCGAUGCAGUGGCUUCUAUGAUAUUCAUAAAUUCACGAACUAAAAGUGACAAUUGGACUUACGAAUUUAUCUCAGUUACAUAUAGCGGUUUAUUGAAGUCUUAUCAUAUUUCUGGAGAUGGAAGAUUUACUGAAAAUCACGAGUUUUCCUUUGGAAAUUUUUAUAAGAAUGGAGUGAAUGCUGUUGCUUAUACAGAAAGACAUAAUCUACUCUUUGUAGCUGGUAACAGCAUAACACAGAAAUAUGGUGCUGCUUCGGAAACAGGCCUGAGCUCAUGGCGUCUUUUAAACGACUAUCCUUAUUACAAAUUGUCAUUUACCCACGAAGAUGAUACUGCAGGAAAAUCUGCGUUCUCUUUGUGGAAUUUCAUUCCAACAAUGCAUUCGCAGCCUCAAUCAAUUAUAUUUAAGAUAAGCAUUUCACCGAAAGGCGACCUAAUGGCAUGCAUACAUACGGAUGGCUCUAUUACAUUGUGGAGUUUACCAAAUUUAAAACUGCUAAACAAAUGGAAAUUAACAGAACAACCAGACUAUAAUGCGCGUAAUCCUCUUGGAACAAUGAAGUACAAGAAAUUUCCAUUAGGUACAUCUGAGUUUUAUCCAUUGGAUAUUGGUUGGUGGUCGGACCAUGCCCUCAUAAUAACAAGAUAUUCCGGUUCGAUUUCCGUAUGUUCGAUUAAAGAUUUGCGAAAUCUUCUGGGUACGAGUCCGGAGUUUCUAGCUGGUCAGCCACAGAUAUCUGAACUAUCUCCAGGACGUGGUUGUUUGACUUUAGAUUGCGAGACACUUUUAACGAGCAACAAACGAAAAAGAGAUACCAAUAAUGAAACGGGGUCAGACAGUGACAAGGAGGAGGAUGAAUUGGAACCUAUUACUGUAAUGAGCUAUACCACAAACCUAGUCCAAAGUGCUUUAUACUCAAUAACCGAUAUAGAAAGGUUUCAACCAAAAAGAAAAAAAUCUAAAGUUCUCCAUAGAACAUAUAGAAUAUUAGGUCUAAAAAGUACUACUCCAGAAGAACUGUAUUCAAGAAAAAUUGAUAUUGAGGAAUAUGGGGAAGCACUGGCUCUGGCAAAUACAUAUAAUUUAGAUACUGAUUUGGUCUAUCAAACUCAGUGGCGUAAAUCGGAAUUCUCUUUAAAAGCCAUUCAAGACCAUUUGAGUAAAGUUCGUAAGAGAUCUUGGGUUUUGAAUGAAUGUGUGAUGAGAGUUCCUGAAACUUUAGAAGCUGCUAGAGAGUUGCUCUAUUUCGGAUUAAGAGGUACAAGUUUAGAAACACUAGUAGCAAUUGGAAAGGACGAUGAUGGAAAGUUUGUACCUAAUGAGAUGAAUAAAGAGACAGAAGAUUUAGAUCUGAGAAGCUCAAAUUUGAUACAGGCGCAAAAGGAGAAUAAAAUACUCGAAGAACUUGAUAUGGAACAUUUGACAGAAGGACAAAAGGAUUUGAUCAAAUACAGAAGAAAAUUGUUCGAUCAUUUAGAUAAGCUGCAAACUUAUGAAAUAAUUUUGGAAUCUCCAGACGCGUACGAUAAAACUUUUUACGAAGAAUUUCGUCAAAGAACAGCUAUCGAAAAUGCAGUCAGAUUCGCAAAAGACAGUAACUACCAAGGUGUCGAAAUAAUGAUAACAUACCAUGGCGAAAAAUUAAUGCCGCAUUGGUUAGCCAUCAUUAGCUUCUUUCCGGAAACUUUAAACCCUUUAUAUUAUCAAAAAUUAUUACCAGAAUGUGAUAGCGAAGGUCAGUUGUUUCUACUUGAUCGACGAGAAUUGCGUCAAAAAGAUUGGUCUGAUAGGCCACAAUUUAGCAAACUCAUAGGUGAAGAUAAUGAAGAUGGAUCAGAGUUUAUAUAUGAUUGUGACAUGUCGUUAUCUGCAUAUAGAAAUACACAAUACACGCCGGAGUUAUUACAAAAGUGGUAUAGAUCGCGUGCCUAUAAAAUCGAGAGCGACAGCUCGAUAGUGGAUAAUGCGUUGGAGCUUGUAAAGCUUGGAAAAGCACGAAAUAUAACAGGCUUAGAAAACUUGCUACUGGAAUUAGAAACAUUAGAUGAUCUAAUAUACAAGGUUUACUUAGAGGACAUGACUCUGGCUCGUUUGGAAAAAUUGACUGAUUUAGAAAAAAUGAAUUUACUAAUGAGUACUUCUGAUCAGAAAAGUUUCGUUGUCAAUAUAAAAAAUUUCGUUUUGCCUUUCAUCAAAAGGAAACAAAAAUAUUUGGGUGGAGAACUCAAUAAAUAUCUGCUACACGAUUACUUGGUUUCACUAAGUAAAGAUGAUUUAACACUUCCGGUUAAAUUCUUUGAGUAUGUCAAACAAUCUCAUGAUAUCCAAGUCGUCGAGAUGAUAGACGAUGUUGUCACACUUGCUUUGGAUUGUAUUUAUUCCUGUCAUGAACCUGACAUGUAUGAUAUGGCAAAUGAAAUUUUUGAAUCUAUUCCAAAACAUGCCAAUGACACUGGUGCAGAAGGAGGACUGAUUGAUGACUUAGAAAGGGAACUUGAUUGCCUAAAGAUUUUAAACAAAUAUCAUGUGAAAACGACAUUGAAUUAUAUUAAACAAAAUAAAAAUAAUCCAGAAAACGUCAAGUUGCUCUUAAUCCAAAUGGCUAGGAGCUUGAAUAAGGUUGAACCUCCGGCGGAUGAACAUCUGUGGGCUCAAUUAUUGAAUGAUAUGUUGGAAAUACAUAGCACAACUUUUUCCUGCAUUGAUAUUGAAAUAUGCUUCGAGAUAUGUGUGUCCGCACGAUUAGUGUCAGGAAUGAAGUCGAAUAUCCAAAAUUGUGCUAAUUUAAUAGAGACAAAGAAAAAUGAGCAAUCCUUAUUAAAAGUAUCAUACGAAAGGGCUGUUGAAUUAAUUUUACAAGCGAGCUUUGAAUACUUUAACAGUUCAAAGAGCCUUACUGAUUCUAAUAUGGAACUGGCCAAAACGUCUCUUCAUCUCAUUACGGAUGAUAAUCCACGUAUUAAAGAGGAAUAUGAUCUAAUUAAUUCAUUACAAAUUCUAAAUGAAUUCAAUGUUAAUAUACUACCUAUACAAGUGAGAUUGAAUCAAGACAGACUCAAAUUAAUAGAGAGUUGUUUGAAUUGUCGGGGCGAUGCUUAUAAGAGUAAGCAAAGAUUAUUAACAUUAGCGAAUUAUUUGAGAAUUGAUAAAAAUAAUACGAGAAGUCGAGAAGGAAAAGUAUUGAAAUUAAUAGCCGAGAAAGCUUUUGAGCUUGCAGAUUACGAUGUUUGCACCUCAACGUGUCAACAAUUAAUCGAUAACAAUUAUUCUCUCGCUUGGAGAACCUGCAUGAAUUUAGGAUAUUGUGAGGAUUUUCAGGAUUUGAAAUUUAGGCAAAAAUGUCUCUGGUUUGCCAUGAACAAUUGUCCUGACGAUUUACUAGAGGAAACAUUGAAGCAAAAACAUUUGUUAGAAAUCCAAAUUUUACAUAAAGAUUUACAGAAUUGGAUGCCUGAAUGUGACGAAUCCUUUGCAACUGGAGCUGAUAGUGAAGACGAAUUCACCGAUGCAAUGACUACGCCACAAGUUGAAACUAAAGAAUUUGUUCCAAAUAUCAUUGGAACAUCAACUGAGAUAGUUAAGAGUUCUGCUGAACUUGUAACGAGGUCAACGUUUAACAUCAUGAAAAACGUGGGGAAUAAAGAUUUUUGGAAAACAACAUUAAAUUUAGGAUUUAUGAGCUCACCCGACAAUACAGUACAUGAUAGACAUGAAAUUUGGGAGUCAGAGAGGGAUCGAAUAGCUCAAAGUUUUCCAUGCUUUUAUGAGUCACUGCACGAAGGAUGCAAAAUUAGUAAUUUUGAUGCAGACUAUACUAAAUAUUCUUUGCAAAAAAUAGAGAAUGUUAAAUUAAAGUUAUGCCAAACAUUAUUAAGAGUGGCUGUCUUAACUGAAUCAGCAUGUUACGGCCUGGAAGCUAGUGAUAUUAAUCAUUUAUACCUAGAGUGCGCGGAGCACACAAUCAUCCAUGAUUGCUUAUUAGGCUUUGCUUAUUUGUUGUGUCUUCGUGACACUGAAAUAUUAUCUGCUGAAACAGUUUUUAAUAAUUUACCCCGUAACGAAUUAUACGUUCAGUAUGCAGCCUACUAUUACGCAUUGAUACUAUACGAAAAGUUGAAUCAAGAUUCUACGGACGUGUAUUAUUACGAUCCAUUGAAUUUAAUUACCGCCAUGGUAAUAGCCGCUAAAAAAAAUCAUGAAUCGGAUAUUGGAGAAGCUUUAAUUCGUUGGCUAUCAUAUUUAUCCGAUGGAAGAAGCUCAGCUACUGAAGAUAUAAAUAUUGAACAACCCAUAUCAAAAGAAGGCGAUGCAUUUAAAUUUGACGUAGCUUCUCCGGUAGAGAAAAAAGAUGCUAUUACAGAUGAAAAUGCGUUGUCUACCGAUAAAUUAAAAGAAUCUGAGAUCAGUGAUAAAUUCAAAGUAUUGUCAACUAAUUCGGAAGAGGAUGCUGGAUGGAAUGACACCUGGGAUGACUUUUCUGAUCAAAGUGACGAAGAAGAUAAAAAUAAAUCAGAAGAUACUGCAAGUUCUUCGAUACUUCAAUCAAGCAAUGUCACCGUGCCUGCUGAUGAGAAUUUCACGGAAGAAGAACGUUUCGAGUAUUUUCAAAGAAUCAUUAGUACAACACAAAACGAAGAACAGUAUACAAAAGCAAAAGAACUGUUGCUAAGGUGGCCGAAAUUUACGUUUCCUGAAUUUCUCACAGUAGAUAAGCAUCCAGCGCUUAAAUUGUUAGAAAUAAUAUCGUUGGGGUUGAAAGACAACAAUGACGAAAAUGCCGAAUUACAAGCGUUGCAACAGUACAAAGACAUCAUGUCUAAACAAUUGGUACCUAAAGAUUUACUGGUAGAAUAUCUCAAGAGAAAAGAAAAUCAAAGACUUUUAGAGUACGACAUUUUCUUGCAACUAUGUACCGAUGACCCAAUAUUACAUGAAGAAGCAAUCAAGAUAAUCAAAGAUAAGCAUAAGAACUUUAAACUUCUGCCACCGUUACUACGAGAAUUGUUCUUUAAGAAUCUGACGGUAUCUUUUGACACUAGUCAUCCAGUGUAUCAUAAGAUAUUAGAAGAAGUUUUUUCAAAUUGCAACCGAGCAGAUAUUGUAGAAAAUGUAAAUAUUCUGAUACAUAAGCUGAUCGAACGUAGAAACAUCAUACAUGCAGUGGCGCUACAAAAUCAAUUAGCGGUGGUACCGCCGUCAUUAGCAACCUUUGAAACUGCGCUUGGUUUAUUAAUGAAGAAAUAAGUUUUAAUUAAGGAUAAUGACGCUGCCCAUGGAACUUUUUAAUAGCAGCAAUAAAUUUAUCUUUCUGUAAUAAGGAAGGAGGAGUUAACUUAUCAGUAUAUUAUUUAUGUUACUUUAUCAUUAAUAGUUAUUAUUACACAAAAUUUGGGAAGAUUUCAUUACCGAGCGUAAUUAGACAAUU